AUGCCCUCAAUCAACUUUCUCAACCGCCGUGCGGAGUGGGUUUUUAUUGCGACAACCACGACCUUUGCCCUCUCAACCCUCUUCGUUGCAGGGAGGCUCAUUAGCCGCUUCUUUAUUCUCAGGCAUAGAACCGCGGAUGACUGGUGGAUGAUAUUGGCUUGGUUUCUCGCUUUCGGCCUGUCUUUCUCUAUCGAUUAUAGUACUACGAAAGGAUUAGGGCGACACGAUAAUAAUAUUUCGACGUCAGAUGCACUUUCCUUGCGAAGAUGCGAAUAUGCGUUCACUAUUCUCUAUAAUCCAGCCUUGAUGGCAACUAAAACCUCUAUCCUAGUACUCUAUCUCCGCCUAUCGAAAAACAGCCAGCGUGUGCUCCGGUACGCCUCAUAUGCGACGUUGGGGGUGGUCAAUGUAGCUGGAGUAGUGUUGACCUUUAUGAACGCUUUUCAAUGCAGACCUGUUACUGCAGCAUAUAAACCCUCGGAAAGUGCGCAGGAAUGUAUAUCUAUCGUUACGCUAUACUUAUGCUCAGCUCCUGUCAACAUCAUUACGGAUCUUGCCAUUCUGGCGCUCCCAAUACCUGUCCUCACAGGAAUGCGGCUGCCGCAGAGGCAGAAGACCAUUCUUGUUCUGACCUUUGCACUGGGUAUCUUCGUUACAAUCGUUGACGUCCUUAGGAUAUAUUACCUUCAGGAUGCUAUAUCUAGUCAGGUUAAGGGGACUGGAAGGUUGGGCACCUCGCCGAACUUUGCAUGGAACGUUAGCACCGCACUUGUUUGGUCUACUGUCGAGGUAAAUGUUGGAAUUAUAUGCGGCUGCGUGCCCACACUGAAACCUCUUAUCAAACGCAUCCUACCGGCAAUGAUUACUUCCAAGUAUGGCACCAGCAAAAGCGGUUCCAUGUCUUCUCAACGCCACAAUGAACUUCACCAGGGUGCGUCCAUUCCCGAACCAGAAUCGGGAAUCCAACCACCGUCUCGGGCGCAAAUCCCGAGUCGUCAGGAAGCCGAGAUGGCCAUGAUGGAUUUCUUAACUGUCCCCGAAACGAUGCCAGAUAUAACACGGCCCCGGUCUCCCUAUGAACAGGAACCUCAAAAUGCCGUUUACUUUGGCUUUGUCAAUAUGCAGGUACCUAAGAGCAUGCUGAAAACUAAGGGUAUGGACUCGUUCAAGUACUGCGCCACGGUCACAAUUCUGUUCUUCCUUUGGGGUUUCUCCUAUGGGCUACUAAACACCCUGAACAGCGAGAUCUCCAAAAUUGCCGAUCACACUACCAGCCAGACUCUGGGCCUCAGUACAGCGUAUUUUGGGGCCUACUUUUUUGGGGCGAUGACAGUUGGGCAAUGGACUCUUCGGCAUGGUGGCUUUAAGGCAACUUUCAUUAGUGGCUUAUGUAUAUAUGGCACAGGGACGUUGAUGUUUUGGCCCUCGGCGGUAUUGACUUCCUUCCCUGGUUUCCUCAUCUCAAAUAUUGUCGUUGGAUUCGGUUUAUCGGUACUCGAAACUGCUGCGAACCCAUUCCUUGCACUUUGUGGACCGAUACAGUACGCCGAGUUACGAUUACUCCUCGCACAGGGCGUCCAGGCGAUCGCGACUAUCCUCAGCCAGCUUCUAGCGGAAAGAGCUCUAUUCAGUAGUAUCUAUAGCAGCCCCAGUUUGAUCGAUGUACAGUGGACCUACCUUGCGAUCACACUCUUCACCGUUGCCCUUGCGCUAUUCUUCUACUACAUGCCCCUUCCCGAGGCCGACGAUGCCGAAUUGCAAAUGCAGGCCGAUGAUCUCGGAAUCUACUCUUCAGAGACCUUCUUCGGCACCUGUCUUCGUCUAAUCUACAUGACCCUCGGCCUCGCUAUUUUUGCACAGUUCUGUUAUGUCGCUGCCCAAGAAUGCAUGUCUGUAUGGUUUACCGAAAUGCUCACUGAAAUAUCUCCCGCGUCAAGUCUAGCCGUCCUGCCUAAUAACUACGUUCUCAUUGGGCAUACCACCUUCGCACUGGGCCGCCUCUUCUUUGUCCCUCUAUGUCUAUUGGUCCCGCCCCGUAUCCUGCUUCUCGUCGCCUUCAUUGGAUGCCUCGUCUGCUCUAGCCUCACAAUGGCACUGGAUGUCUCCGCAAACCGAAUCGCGGUACCUUCCUUAUUAUUCUUCUUCUUCGAAGGUCCAAUCUGGCCACUGAUAUUCGCAAUUGGCCUGCGGGGCCUAGGGGGCAAGACUAAAUUUGGCGCCGGCUGCCUCACAGCAGCUGCAAGCGGCGGUGGCAUAUUUCCAUUUGUUAUGUACGCCGUGCAGCAGAUCCAAAACAAGAGCAUUCAAUACAGCUACUGUGUUAUCAUUGCAUUAUUUGCAUUCGGCAUGCUCUUACCCCUCUACUUGAAUUUUGUCCCCAAUGCAAGAGCACAAGUCGACCCUUAUAAGGGUGCGCCUGGGACACGCACUCGGAAGUUGAGUCGCCCGUUCCAUAUUCUUUCUAAGCAGGUCAGCUCUGCCACCAAAACCUUUUGGCUGCAGACUUCCAAAGCGGAGGGAUAG